CAAUCUAGGCUCCAGACAGGUAUGCAUGGUGCCUUUGGGAAGCCUCAGGGCACAGUGGCCAGGGUUCACAUUGGCCAGGUCAUCAUGUCCAUUCGCACCAAGCUGCAGAAUAAGGAACAUGUGAUUGAAGCUCUUCGUAGAGCCAAGUUCAAGUUCCCUGGACGCCAGAAGAUCCACUUCUCCAAGAAAUGGGGCUUCACCAAAUUUUAUGCAGAUGAAUUUGAAGACAUGAUUGCUGAGAAAUGGCUCAUUCCUGAUGGCUGUGGGGUCAAAUAUAUCCCUAAUCGUGGUCCCCUGGACAAGUGGCGAGCCCUGCACUCCUGAGAGCUUCCACAGUACUCUCCUGUACCCUACCAAAUCAUGUUCAGUAAUAAAUCUCACAUCCAGUAUGCUUAAAAAAAAA